UGCCGUCACUCUCACCACCAACCCCAUGCUCAGCCACCGGCUAUAGCGACGCACGGCGCAUCUACCGCCGCUUAUUGAAUCUUCCCCCGCUCCAUUGAUUGACGCCUCAUAACGGCCCUGUCACGUCGGGGACUUGCUGCUCGUCCCCGUCCUUAAUUCUGACCGUUCGCCGCCAUCACUGGACUCGGCCAUCGAUCCCGUCAUGUCUUCCCCAGAGUCGACACGCGACAAGAGGACGCGGGAUCAUGACAGCCCGGCAUCUUCUGAGAGGAUCGGGAAGAAACCCAGAAAAGCAGAGGAUGAAUUGGCCCAUUUACCCCAAAGAAGGCAAGCUGCAUGCCAGCCGUGUCGAUUGAGAAAAGUCAAGUGCGAUAAGAAGCGUCCGACAUGCACGAUUUGCUCUGCGGGUGGUCAGACCUGCGAAUACAUCAACGACCCUUCUGACAAGUUAACACUCGAGACAGCUACCAGCACGCUUCUUGAAAAAUUCGAAGAGCUGCGCCAAGAGCUUCACUCAGUAAAGCAGGCAGUCUACGACAAAAGCGCCGACAGCAUUGCCCAGGGUCUGACACCCGAGAUUGUUCGCAAUGAUCCCUUUGAGAAAGUCAAGGUCCGCCAGGCCGUGCAAACAGUAUCUGCCGCAGAGUCGUCCCGAGACUUCCUCCAGAUCCCCCCGCAUAGGGCCAGCGCUGACACCGUCCUUCGCUGGGAAGUCUUUGGCAACAAGUAUCCCGAGAAUGUGCUGAUCGGUAACCUUUUCAAAGACUCGGCAGGCUCAUUCCAUAAUAACCUGGUUACCACAAACACAAGCAUUACGCCAUUGGAGGAUGAACAGAUUCCCAUGCUCAUCGACAGGUUCUUGCAAAAUGUUCACACCAAGAACCCCAUCCUCGACGUCGAGGCGCUGGUGAAGCACGGCCGACAAUGCGCCGAGAGAGGUAUUGGCUGGGAUGCGAGAUCCUGCCUUGUUCUCAUGGCGUGCGCGCUGGGAUCAGUAGCAAAGCCGUUUUCUAGACCAAUGCCCCCGGACAGCCAUGUGUACGACAGAAGACACGUAUCUACGUCGACGCCAUCGACAGCAAGACUACAUGCCAAAGAGCUCGAACAGGGUGAUUCAUGCUUUACUCUUGCCUGUCGACGCCUCGGAUCUCUGAAAUAUUCCAUGCUUAGUGCCCAGUGCUACUUUUUCGCCGGAGUCUAUCUAAUGUAUACACUUCGGCCGUUGGAUUCAUGGCACUACUUCCUUCACGCCUCCAUCUUCUUUCAAGUCCACCUCAAGACUGCCCAUGGCGUCGGCGGCAACUUUGAAGAAGUACUCUCCACGCACCACCACUCUGGUUCUUCGACUGCCCGCAAAAUGAAGCGACUCGAGCAGAGUCUGUACUGGUCUUGCUUCAAGUCGGAGUGCGAGUUCCGUGUAGAGCUGCCACUCAACCAGUCUGAAAUCAGUCUCGGUGAAUACCCCGACCUCUUCCCCUCGCCGCCAUCACCAAUCUCUACACCAUCAGAUGGCCACAAUGGAUCUAGCAGCUCCUAUGAAGAUAACGAAGAGCUUGAACUCCGACGCCAUGCUGUUCGCCUCUGCAAUGAAGAAGAAAGUUGGUACUACUACCUUACCGAGAUUGCCCUUCGCCGCAUCGGCAACAGGAUCGUAAACACAUUCUUCCGACAACACCGCACAAGCUGGCUCACCGGCAUCAAGCCGCUUCUACACAUGGCGCGCGAGUUUGAGGCUCAAGUCUCGUCCUGGUCCGCCCAUCUGCCACCAGCUAUGCAGCGCUACGAAACAACAUCUGUCAUCCGCGCUCCGCAUCUCAGCUUUCAAAACGAACGGGAUCCAUCACACGUCUCAAGAGAGCUAUCAUGGGCUGUGGAUAACCGAAUCUUGGAGAUGCAGACCUGGCUCUACCAGCCCUUCCUCUAUUACAUGAUUCAUUCCGACACCUUUAGCAAUAGCGCGCCUACGGCAGGCAGCGUCUCGCAGGCCAGCAUCGACCAUUUGCUAAACCCAAGCACCGGGCGAAGCUCACAGCUUACCGAUGACGACAUGCAAGUCUUGCGCAGCCUUGUGGUCUCUGGCAUCGAGUGCUGCAUCAAGACGAUUGAAGUCCGCUGCCGUGGCCACCGCCAUCAUGGUCUGUGGUUUGAUCUGCGCAGCAUCAUGACAGCAUCGCUUAUCCUGCUGGCUCUUGUCAAGAGCCGACACUCGGACUGGAUUCCGGGAGGCGAGGAUGCCCUUUGGGGACCUCUUCCCACAGACUCUUGGGCAGAUGAUGUGCCACCAAUCGGCGGGAUGAUGGCAACCGUACUGACACAGUUUGCAUUCUGGGAAGCAGAAGCGCCGGACAUGGCACAGUACCGAAAGCUGCUCGAGUCUGUCAUUCGAGAUGUCCGCGGCUCAUGAUGAUGAGGGAGAAGUGAUGUGAAAAAUGAAAAUGUAUAUAUAUGUAUAAUUUCCAGUCUAUUUUAGAAGCUACGCGUGGCACUGCGUGCCGGAUAUGACCAAGGAUAUAAUCCAACCCAUUGUAUACUAGUACAUUACAAAAUAACCCGUCUUUAAUAAAAAUGGUAAAAAGGAACGAAAGAAAUCAAGUCGUCAAAAACUCCAAUCCCGGUGCAAAAAGAGAUGUAUGUAUAGUUGCCGAGUGGCGAUCCUUUCUAUUCUUCCCAGACAAUGCCGGUCUUGAUGUCGCCAAACGCUGCGCUCUCAAUGUCCUUGUAAUAAGUCGAUCGGGCAACCCACUGGCCGUCGCCAGUCUUGGGAAGCGUGUUGAUGGCAGCCUUGACGUAGGUAGAGUUGAGGCUGAUGAAGGGCUUGCGAACCAUGUUCUUCUGCUCGUCGUCGGUGAGCUUGGGAGUGAUGGCCUUGACGCCCUCGUCCUGCAUGGCGUUGAGCAUUCGGCUGAUGAGCUGAGCGGUAGCGUCGGCACCAAGGGUCCAGCUGGCAUCGACGUAGCCAAAGGCGAGAGCCGCGUUGGGCAGGUCCUCGAGCAUGCAUCCCUUCCAGGCGACCUUGUCGGUACCGGCGUAUGGUACGCCAUCGACGCUCAGCGCAACGCCACCGAGUGCGCGGAGCUUAAGACCAGUAGCGGUAACAAUGAUGUCGGGGUUGAGUUCCUGGCCGUUGUGGAGCUUGAUGGUCUUCUUGGUGAUGUUCUCAAUAGUGCCAGUGACGACACUGGUCUUGCCCUUGCGGAUGGCACGGUAGAAGUCGGCAUCGGGGCACAGGCACAUGCGCUGCUCCCAGGGGUUGUAUUUGGGUGUAAAGUCCUUCUCGACGGAAGUGCCCUUGGGCAGCUGGAGCCAGGCGAGAGUGAGGAAGAGCCAACGCGAGAUGGUGGGCAUGCGCUUGCAGAAGCCAAUGAGCAUGUAGGCGCUGAAAAUCCACUUGGCGCGGAUGAUGCGGUGGGCCAUCAUGGCAGGGAAGACGAAGCGGACAAUGUCCUCGAACCAGCCGUUACCGGGGACGGAGAGAAUGUAGCUAGGAGAGCGCUGAAGCAUGGUAACGUGGGCGGCCUUGUCGGCCAUGGAGGGCAAAAGGGUGACACCAGUGGCGCCAGAGCCAAUGACGACGACGUUCUUGCCAGAGUAGUCGAGGUCCUCGGGCCAGAACUGGGGGUGAAUGACUUUGCCGGCAAAGUUUUCGAUGCCGGGGAUGGUGGUCUGGAGGGGCUCCUCGUAGUUGUAGUAGCCGGUGCCGAAGAAGAUGAAGCGGCCAGUGAUCUUCUUGGGCUUGCCGUUCUGGGUGACCUGGGCAGUCCAGCUCUUGUCCUUGGAGGACCAGUUCAUGUGGUCGACGUGGGUGUUGAACUGGAUGGACUUGUCAAGGCCCUCCUCAGCAACAGUCUCGCGGAGGUAGUCCAUGAUCAUGGAGCCCUCAGCAAUGGACUUCUUCUCGAUCCACGGGCGCCAGGCGAAGCCAAAUGUGUAGAGAUCCGAGUCGGAGCGGAUGCCGGGGUACUUGAAGAGCGACCAGGUACCGCCAAUCUCGUGGCGGCCCUCGAGGACGGUAUAGGUCAGGCCCGGGUUGCGUUCCUUGAGGCGGUAGGCCAUGUUGAUGCCGGAAAUACCGGCACCGACGAUGAUGACAUCGUAGUCGACAGCGGCCAUGGUGACGGUAUCGAGGUUUGCGGGUGCGGGAGAAGUAGUGGUUCGUCAGGCAAAGGGAGCGUGGGAGGGAGGGGAGGAAUUGGUUGGCUGUGUAAAGCAGAGAGAUGAAUCGAUGCAGAAAGCAAGAAGCCAAAGUCAAUGCAACGAACCGUUGAAGAAAGAAUAUGGAAUAAACUAAAGGAACCGUGGGUAUGGCGGCGGGGGUGUGUGGGCGAGAAACUUCUUUUAACUUUUUUGUCUCGCGAACCCGGAGUGGCGUGUCGGGGAAGGUCACAGGUGGUAGCGCUGGAGCUGCGUGUGGCUAGCCCAUCAAAGUACUAACAAGGGGACGACCAAGCUAGCGUAACCUCGGGUCAGUGAAGGAGUACGUAUGUGGCAAGCGUAGUUUGUAAAUUCCGCUCCGCUUUUCCUGAAUACUCG